AUGGCAGAUGCUAUCGUCUCUAUUGUGGUGGAAAGGCUUGGUGAUUUGCUCAUACAAAAAGCAAAAUCCAGCUUGCACGGGGUGAGCGACCAAGUUGAACUGCUACAAGAUGAGCUCAAACUGAUCCGAUGUCUCCUAAAAGAUGCAGAUGCGAGGCAAAAUGAAAGAGAGAAUAUUGUACGCCAGUGUGUUGCAGAUAUCAGAGAUGUUGCUUAUGACGCCGAAGAUAUUAUUGAGAGGUAUGCCCUCGAAGUUGGCUCCAGAAAGGGAAGAGGCAUACAAAAUGUCCUCAAGAGGUUUCUCUGCUUCUUGGGAGAAGCAAAAGCUAUUUCUCAAACUAGCUCAGAGAUUGGUAAAAUAACAAAGAGAAUUUCUACAUUGAACUCACAUUUACAAAAUUAUGGCAUAAAAUUUGAUUCGAAGGAAGCUGGAGGCCCGAGUUCUUUGAGUGAGAAGAUAAGAGAGCAAAGGCAAACUUAUGCACAUGUUGAAUAUGAUCAUGUUGUUGUUGGAUUGGAGGAUAACCUGAAGGAAGUGGUGGCUUGUUUGACAGAAGAGGUCAAAUACAAGUACAGAGUCGUUUCCAUAUGUGGUAUGGGCGGUCUUGGAAAGACUACUCUUGCUAGAAAGAUUUAUCAUCACCAAGAAGUCAAGACUCACUUCAAUUGUCGUGCCUGGGCAUGUAUUUCUCAACAAUGUCAAAGAAGAGAUGUUUGGGAAGGAGUUAUGAUCGGUCUUAUCUCUCCAUCUAAAGUGCAGAGAGAUGAAAUUCGAAGCAUGACAGAUGCAGAGCUUGCUGAGAAACUUUGUGAAAUUCAGCAGCGAAAGAAAUGUUUGGUGGUUCUAGAUGAUAUCUGGAAAGUUGCGGAUUGGAACAGUUUAUGUGCUGCCUUCCCAAUGAAUCAUACAAACAGCAGAAUAUUGCUUACCUCUCGUAAUGAAGACUUGGCUUUGCAAGUAGAUCCAAGGGGCCCCCUUCACAAAUUACCAUUUCUAAAUGAUGAAAACAGCUGGGAAUUGCUUCAAAACUUAGCAAUAUCAUGGAGAUCAGAAGAUUCUAAAAUCAAGGAAGAUAUGAGCUGUUUAGGAAAAGAGAUGGUUACAUAUUGUAAGGGUUUACCAUUGGCCGUCAUUGUCUUAGGAGGACUUUUGGCAACAAAGCAGACGUUAGAAGAGUGGACACACGUGCAUAGAAAUGUUAAAUCAUACAUUCAUCAACAGAAAGAUCUUGGAAUAAACACGGUGUUGGCUUUAAGUUAUGAUGAUUUGCCUUCACACUUGAAAUUGUGCUUCUUAUAUUUAGGCCAUUUCCCAGAGGAUUUUGAGAUACGGACUAAGGAGUUAAUUCAAAUGUGGAUGGCUGAAGGUCUUAUACUUCAAACUAGAAGUAACAAGGAAACACUGGAGGAUGUUGGCGAACGAUAUUUACAGCAGCUAGUUCAAAGGUGUAUGGUACAAGUAGGACAAAAGAGUUUUGUUGCAGGGAUCAAAACUUGUCGUCUCCAUGAUCUCAUGAGAGACUUCUGUGUGGAAAAAGCUAAAUUGGAAAACUUUCUCAAUGUCAUCAAUAUUAAUGAUGAGUCCAAUGAAGAAAUAGAAGCUCCCAUUGGUAAAGUUAGAAGAGUUGCUAUCAGUGGUGGAUCAAAUCUCGUUAUAGUAUCAAGAUCACAAAAAUAUUUUCACCUAAGGUCUCUUCUAACAUUCUCUGUGCCUUUGGAAGAUCAAAAGUCUAUGCUAGGGAACUUCAAAUAUCUUAGAGUCUUUAAUUUUGUAAUAUCGACUAUCAAUCGCAGUCGAGUAUUGGAUUUGCCCCCUGAGAUCAAUAGUCUCAUCCACUUGAGAUUCUUAUCUCUUAGGUAUACUGGUGUAAGAAGUAUCUCAUCUCUAGAAAAUUUGAAGUGCUUGCAAACACUAGAUUUGCGAUCAACAAAUCGCGAAGCUAAUGUGCCAAAUGAUAUGUUCAGAAAUAUGGAGCACUUGCGGCAUCUGUAUCUACCUCGGUUUUCCAGAGUCAAUGGGAAGUUGCAACUAGCUAAUGCUAGUAAGCUACAAACACUUGUGAAUAUUCCUGUUUCCAUAUGUGAUGUUAAAGAUCUGACGACUGGAUUUGACGAGUUUGGAAAGAAGUUAAUGCCUUCAAAGUUCACAUUCAAUUGUCUUCAUGUUCUUAAGAUCACCAUUCAACAAAGGAGCAAUAAUAAGAGAGUGGAUAUAACACCAAUGGUAACGAGUUGUCCUCACAUAUAUGAACUACGACUUUGGGGGAAAAUAGAGAAAUUGCCGGAACAUGACAAAAUUUCUCCGCAUCUUAUCCAGUUGAAGUUAAAUUGGACUCAUCUUGAAGAAGACCCAAUGCUGAUUUUGGAGAAGUUACCCAACUUAAAGAUUCUCCACCUUGGGUCUUCUGCCUGCACAGGAGAGAAGAUGAUUUGUUCUGUAAGAGGAUUUCCUCAACUUCAAUCUCUCAGCCUUGUUGAUUUAAAUAAAUUAGAGGAGUGGAAGGUGGAGGAAGGAUCCUUGCCUAGCCUCUGCCAUUUGAAGAUUGAACGUUGCCACAAACUCAGGAUGGUUCCAAAUGGACUUCAGUUUAUCACUACCCUACAAAAAUUGGAAAUCAUAAACAUGCCCAUGCGAUUCAGAGAUAGACUUGGCAAAGGAGGACGAGAUUUCUACAAAAUCCGACACGUGUCUUCCCUUCAAAUUUGAAGAUUAAAGAUUUUACUCAAAGGUGAUCGAUGAGAUGAAAAAUGCUCGAGUUUGGAGGUCUUGAUCUCUGGAAUUAAGUUUGUUGGGCUGACUUGUUUCUUCAAUAAACUUGUAUUAUGUAUUCUAUCUAAAUAAGAGGUUUGUAGCGCUCUAAUAUGAUCAUGAUAUCAUGUCAUGUGGGUGCUCAAUUGAAAAUUACAUUUAUUUUAAACUUUGAUGUUGUAAAUUAUGAUACUUUAGGCUUGAGAAUAUUUAUAAAUUUGUAAUAAGAGAGUCAACUUAUACUGAAAACUAUAUAUGUUCGUACUGAAAUUAGGUAUGUUCGUUGGAGUUGGGAA